CGGUCUCCAUGGAAACACCAAGCUUGAUUAAGAGGAGAAUGUAGCAGUCGGAAGUUAUUUUUAAUUUGGAUUGACAAGAUUGGUCAUUAUGAACCAGUUUCAUAAUUUAAUAAAUGACUGUCUAAUCGAUACUAAACAUGUGGAAAGCGCCGCGAUUCUGGUUGCCAAGACCGCAACCGUAACCGCCGCAUCUGCAAGAUUUCAGACCCGACUGAAGAGUCCCCUUACUGGCCCUCCAACACUUUCCAGCGGCAUCUGGUCUCCCAUCCAGCAGGUUCUUCCGUCACAAGCCCAGAUGUUUGUAGAUGCUUUCAAGAAUACGACCUUGACCAGAGAGCGGGGCUUCCACUUCCAAGACAAGGCGUAUGCGUGCGUCCGAGCUGACAGGAACUCCAUCUACUGCAAAUAUGCUACACGUGGCCUGAUAAUGGUGAAGACUGCCCUUUACAUUAUAGUUGCCACUUACAAUGACAGCAUGUACCCCAGCGUGUGUGUGGAGGCCGUCGAGAAACUAGCUGUUUAUCUCAAGGAGAAGGGCAAAUGAAAAAAUGACAAGCAGCAUCUGAUGAACGAAGCGGAUAAACUAAACUGGUUAAGUUGAGCAGCUGCCCCCCCCCCCCCUUUCAUGUUUUAGACAAUCUGCUGAGGACGAACAUGUUGAGGGGAAUGUCAGUGUGAUUGUCAGUGUAAUCCUCUGUCACAGCACACACUUUUGACCACUAGGUGGCAGUAAAAAGUCAUUCAAACCAGCUGUGUUCCAUGAAUGGGUUUGAGUGCAGAGAUCUUAUUUUGGCUUAUGUCCAACCCUUCUCGGCAAGAGCUUUUAGGUGUACCUGCUUCAGUUCUAGAACUGCUACGACACACCUGAUUCUACUCCUCAGCCGCCUGACCGGAUUUUGAAGCCUUGUUGCUAAGUCCUGGUUAAACAGUCUGUGUUCCUCUCAUUUCAGACAUUCUGUUCAAACGCUCCAAUUAUACAAAAAGCCCUCUGGUCAUUACAUGAUUAACCUAGCUACACACUCUGACUCGCACAUACAUACUUUUUUGACUGGCACAGACUUAAUGAUUGUUUUUGAGUUGGAGUUGUGCAAAUUAAUUUCUUCAUGAGAGCAAAUAAAGGAAAUUUGUUUCA